AUGGAGCAAGAGCUAACCGACCUGCGUUACAGUGACGGUGGCAGCCGCACACAAUGUUCUUUUAUAGAUCUCUUGACAGAAAUCGGCCUCGGUGACUUUGGAUCGAACCCACCUCAACCCCUCCCUCUCCAGACCGAGUCUUACGACACUGGCCAGCUGUCACACGAGUCGACCAGUUGGACUUCCUUCCAACAGUUCUAUGGUCUGAGUGCCGAGCACACCGACAACCCAUCCUCAGUGUCGGACUUCCCCAUCGAUGCCAUCCAGAGGUGCGGUCUUGUGGAUCAUGGCGUGCUGAACCAUUUCAGUGGUCAGCAUAGCCAAAGCACUGGAAGCAUCUCCCAAUACCACCAUGGUCAUGAACAUGAUUGGGUUGACACAAGAUCAUGGCCCUGCCUCCCAGGUCUUGACGAUGCUGCCCUUAUACCGUGGUCCCAGUGUUACGAGCGAGGCUUACAAGCCCUCAACCAGUCUGUCGACCGAUGGCCUAUUACUUCAAGCUUCAGUUCCCCUGUGUUCGGCUCUCCCUACGAAUUUCAGCGACAGAACCCCGUCGUUCUUAAACCGCAUCAAGCCGCAAAUGAUCUUGCCCACUUGCCAUUCAAACCAACCACUCAGUUAACAGAUCGGGGUUCCUUCGAUACACAGCUCUACAGCCAUGGAUUCCAUGGAUCGAGCGCUUUGGGAUAUCCAGAUUUCGGCGGUUCUUCUCAACACCAUAUAUUGUCUUUAUCUGGUGGCCCGGUCGAAAGCCUUGGUAUUCGGCCCUUGGUUGCUGGCACUUGUGUCAAUAUUCAAGCCGGUCACAGGGACGAGAUACUCGUCGACAACAUAACAGCCAACGGAACAAACGCCUUGGCUUCUCUUGUGAUUGCUGAUACUGGGCAAAGUAGCGAAAAGUCGACGCCCAACUCUAUCGGCUCAUCGCCAGGUCCCGAUAUGCUCGACUGCCCACCAUGUGGUCGUUUCCAAGGAGAUGUGAGAAGGCUAAGGUUCGUCACGGUCCCGAUUGUUCAUUGGCAACAAAUGGAAACGUUAAUCUUCCACAGGGAGCACAUGUGUUGCCACAUGAAGCCGCAUAUCUGCGACGUUUGCGGGUGUGGCCGGCGGUUCAGCACGUCGAGAGACCUUGAGCGCCACCAAGAGUCAGCGCACCGGAAGUCAACUCUGGAAUGCCACAUUUGCUUUCGAAAGUUCGGCGGCAAGCGCGCAGACAACCUGCAGAGACACCUCCAGACGAAACAUUCACUGGAGGCUAUGUAUGAAGGACCACUUCCGUUCGGGCCGCUUUAACACCAAUCGAUUUUACCAAGCGGUGAGCAACGGGCAUUUCAUCUUUAAUUCUCUCAGAGAGCUUGGACUGUGAUUCCCGACAGUCUUUCUAUUCAACUCGGCCGACAAUCUUCCUUAUCCAUCAAGGGACUUGGGUCUCUUUCGUCCCUGAUAACAGCUUCGACAUAAAAGUUUCACGUAUUACAUUCCGGUUAAAAGUGUUCUAGGGUUGGGCCUCGGCAUACGCAGCAUAUUGGGUUCCAAAUCCUUGCCAUUGUUUAACAGCCAAGCUUUGUAGAUAGAACCACCCUUAUUUCGUAUACAUGCACCAACACCUAUUCCUCAUAUAACACCGAAAACAGGCGUUGGCCGCCAUUUUAGAGUCGUAGUUCACGUCAGUUAUGGGAAUUCGGAC